GUGGCGAAAUCUUAUGGUAUAAUUAUCUCUUAUAACAGACUAUCAAUACUUAUGAAUAUUAUAAGUGAAAUUGUAAAUGUUAACGUUGUAGCAAUGGCCAUAUAUUAAAUUUACUUUGACGUAUUCUGCCAUUCUUGCUUUUAUAUUUUAGUUAGAUAAGAAAUGUUCAACAAUUUUUUGCCCAAAAUGAAAUCAACAAUUAAUGAGGAUCUAAAGAAUGAACGUUUGAAAUGCACUUUUAAUGUUGAAGAGCUUACAAAUUUCUUAGAUGGUGGUACUAGCAAGACUGAAGCCAGAAGAAAAUUAGAAACUUUUUUCUUGUCUGAUGCACGAUUAAAAGAUGAUAUUCCUAUGGAAUAUUUAAGUCAUAAAGAACGAUAUGAACAUGCUGUACGAAAAAGUUGUAUACUCUUUAAAAAAAUAACCGAAUGGCAAGAACAAGAUGAUAAUACUGGGGGAUCAGUUGAUAUAUACCAAGCACUCUUAGGAGGUUUACUUGGUAGUGCUGUUAUUAAAGACGGAACACCAUUUUCUGUGCAUUAUGUCAUGUUUAUUCCAACUAUUAUGGGACAAGGUACUUUAGAACAACAAGGCAAAUGGAUCAGUCGAGCUUUUAGUAACCAAAUUCUUGGAACAUAUGCUCAGACUGAACUUGGUCAUGGAACAUUCAUUCGUGGCUUAGAAACUACUUGUACAUAUGAUCCAUCCACAGAGGAGUUUGUGUUAAAUAGUCCCACAUUAACAUCAUAUAAAUGGUGGCCAGGUGGAUUAGGACAUACCUGUAAUUAUGCAGUUGUUGUUGCUCAACUUUAUACUCAAGGAAAAUGUCAUGGUAUACAUCCAUUUAUUGUUCAAAUUAGAGAUGAAGAAACAUGGAUGCCAAUGCCUGGGAUUAAAAUUGGCGAAAUUGGUAGCAAAUUUGGUAUGAAUUCAACAAAUAAUGGUUAUUUAGCUUUUGAUCAAGUCAGAAUUCCAAGAAUGAAUAUGUUAAUGAAAAAUGCUAAAGUUUUCAAAGAUGGAACUUAUCAAAAAUCAUUGAGUGAUAAAUUGACUUAUGGUACCAUGAUAUUUGUGCGUGUAGCUAUUGUAAGAGAUUUAGUUGUUAAUUAUUUGGCAAAAGCAGCUACAAUAGCAACUAGAUAUAGUGCUGUUAGAAGACAAUCAGAACUAAAACCUGGAGAACGUGAACCUCAAAUUAUAGAUUAUCAAACGCAACAAUUUAAAUUAUUUCCAGUCAUAGCUACUAGUAUUGCAUUUAGGUUUGCUGCAACAUGGCUUUGGAAUGUAUAUAAUGAUGUUACAUCAAGAUUAGAACAAGGUGAUAUGGAACGAUUGCCCGAGUUACAUGCUAUGGCAUGCUGCUUGAAAGCUGUAGGUACUGCUGACGCUGCUAUUGGUGUGACAACAUGUCGUUUGGCUUGUGGUGGUCAUGGUUAUAUGAAUAAUAGUAACUUACCAAACACAUAUGCCAUGACAACUGCAGCAGAAACAUAUGAGGGAGAGAAUACCGUAUUACUGUUACAAACUGCUAGAUUCUUAAUGAAAGCUUUUCAAGAAUCCAAAACAGGAAAAGAGUUAACUGAAACUGUAAAAUAUUUUAGUAAUUUUAAAAGUCUUAGACGUGCAAAUUGGACAACCGAAUUAAAUUGUAUGGCUAGUGCAUUCUAUCAAGUAGCAGGAAGUUUGAUGGAAAAAUGUUAUUUUUCUAUAAAUUUAUUGGUUAAAUCAGGUGUACAAUAUGAAGAUGCUUGGAAUCAGACAUCUAUUCAGUUGAUUAAAGCGAGUGAAGCCCAUUGUAGAGCUUUUGUAAUUAACUCAUUCUUAGCAACACUUGAAAAUGUCCAACUUUCUCCAGAACUCAAAGCUGUAUUAGAUCAACUUGCCCAAUUAAUUUCCGUUCAUUGGACAUUAAACAAAUUAGGAGACUUUUUACUGUUUUCUAAUUUGAAAUCAUGUGAUGUAUCAACAUUGAACUCAUUGUUAGAAAACUGCUUGAUGAAUAUUAGGCCUAAUGCUAUUGGAUUAGUAGAUAGCUUUGAUAUGAGGGAUGAAAUUUUGGGUUCUCCAUUAGGGGCUUAUGAUGGAAAUGUUUAUGAACGCCUUAUUAAUGAAGCUAAUAAAAGUCCUUUAAAUAAAGAACCUGUCAAUGAAUCUUUUCAAAAAUAUUUAAAGCCAUUUAUUAAAUCUAACAUGUAAAUGAACAUUUUAAUGUGAAUUAUAUUUAUUUAAAGGCUUAAAUGAAGUAAUUAUUCAAUGGUCAAACUUUUUACUGUUAUUUAUUUAUGUUAGGUUAAAUUAUAUGUACCAAUAGAAAGUGAUAUUUCUAUAGGUUUGAAAAUUGUACUGUGUUAAUUUCAAUUUAUACACAAUGGUUUUUGUGUAUAUUUUGUGCAUUUAAAAUUGGUACAAAGAAAAAUUAUGAUAAUUAUGUCAAAAUUUUAUAAAUUAUUAUAACUGUUUAUUUAUAAAACUCAUUAAAUUAUUGUUUUUUAUAUUUUAUAAAAUACUUUUUAAUUAUAUAUCUAAAUCAUAUUUAGAUUUUUAAAUACUAUGUAGUUGGGGUGUAUUUAGAAAUUUAUAGGUAGGUAGGUGACAAAAACAAUCAUAAAUUUAAAUUUUUUAUGUUUUAUUAAAUUAAUGUUUAUAUAUAAUGUUAAAUGUUUAAUUUAUGAAUGUUAUAAAACUUAUAUGUAAUUUGUGUAAUAAUAUAAUAAUUUUUUUAUUGUACGA